UUUGGAACCGACCUCACUGGCGCUAGGGUUACUCCAUCCGUCAACCACAACCCACGCGCUUCCCCUUCCCCCUCCUCGCCCUCGCCUCGCCUCCAGGAUCUCGUCGUCCUCUCCACCUCCUCGGUCCCAGGAAUCGUUCCCCGCCGGCGACCUCCCUCCCUCCCUCCUUCCGUCCGUUCCGUCUCGGGUCUUCCUCUGUAUCACCAGCGAAGCAAAGGAUCGGAUUCGGGCCUUCAUUUCUAUAUCAUCAGCGAAGCAAAGGAUCGGAGGCUACUCCAUCCAGGGCAGCAAGCUCAUUCGGAACAUUGGAGUAGAGCAAGGUGCUUGUUCAAAAGUGUGAAUUGCAUGGAGAUGGGAAUGACUCCUGAAGUAAUGUAUGGACAAAAUGUUUUUGUUCCUGCUACUGCAAAUCCCUACCAAUAUGGUUAUGCAGAAGUUGGAUCACCGAUGGAAUGGUAUAACCACCCGAGCUCUUUAGGAUAUGAUGGCCAAGAUGUUUACUAUCCGGCUGAAGGCAUGCAAUGCGUAUACUACGCAGCCCCAGACAAUGGAUCUAUGCACCCUACCUACAGUCCUUACCCUUCUGAUCCUUCUUUCGUGCCUGAUGGCUCAUUUAUGCCUCAGGAGUAUGUUGCUGACCCUGCUAACUCCACAUGCCAAAUAGCCCCGACAUCCUAUUACAUUCCAGCUGUUCUUCCUUAUGCGCAAGAUAGUGUCCCGGGAAGCGCAACCACACCUAUUCACUCCUCCAAUGUUGCAUUUCUUCCUGGCAUACCAGGUUAUGCUGCAACAUCUGCAAAUGCAGCAUUUCCUUUAAUUGCUCCGGUCACCACAAAAAGGGACAUUGUUAUGCAUCCACCUGUACAGUCUACUAUUGUACCUUCAAAGCAGUUCCAGGACCAUGCAAAACCACCAAAGGUUCAACUGCACAAUUCGGUUCCACAGAAGCAAGAGUUGCCGGAUAGAUGCAUGGUGCCUGCUAAACUCCCUCAUGUUUCUCAGGUAUCAGCACAUUUGUCUGGAAACAAUUGCCUUGGAUGUGCUGCUGGAUCUGAUCUUCAGAAGUGGGCUGCCGCCGAGAAAUUCCAGCCAUCUUCAAAGUCAAGUGGUCAUCUAAAUGGUACUGGCCAAAAAGUGCAUAGCUUAGUUGAUUCUGAGAAACCAAGCAAUCAGAGCUCUGCCAUAAUUGUGAAAUCCUACACAUCAAGGCUCCCUGUUGGUAAUCCGGAUGGGACAAUCAUUAUAAGAACUGACCAGUACAACCGAGAUGAUCUCCGAAUCGACUAUACGUAUGCAAAGUUCUUUGUUAUCAAGUCAAUUGGUGAGGCAGAUGUGCACAAAUCAAUAAAGUAUGGUGUAUGGUCAAGUUCCUCCAAUGGAAACAGCAAGCUAGAUAGUGCAUUCAGGGAUGCUGACAGGAUAUCAAGGAGGCAUUCUACUAAAUGUCCAGUUUUCUUGUUCUUCUCUGUAAAUGGUAGUGGGCACUUUUGUGGCAUGGCUGAGAUGGUUGGUCCUGUUGAUUUUCACAAGGACAUGGACUUCUGGUGUCAGGAUAAAUGGACCGGAUGCUUUCCUGUGAGAUGGCACAUCGUUAAAGAUAUACAAAAUUGUUCUUUGCAGCACAUCACACUGCAGAAUAAUGAAAACAAGCCUGUGACACAUAGCAGAGAUACACAGGAAAUACCAUACCUCCCUGGAAUAUCUAUGAUCGAGAUCUUCAAAGGCAUCAAAGCGAGGUUCUGCCUGUUUGAUGAUUUUAUGAGGUAUGAGACAGACGAGGCGCGAAAGAAGCCGCACAGAAGGUGCAAGCUGAGUUACAAUGCUCCAGAUUUUGUACCUGUCUCACAGCGUACAAAAGAUGCUUCUGACACUCAGCAGACAAAAUCCAGCAGCGUGCUGGUAGACAAAACAUCGGAGGUUCAAAAUGUGGCCGAGAAGCAGCAUGAUGCUAAGGUGAUCAAACCUCAGGAACCGUGCGUCUCUGAAAAGCAGGCCAGUGAGGCUGAGAAAGAGAAUGGAGUACAGGAAAGUCAUUGCAGUGGCAAUCACAAUCAGAGCCAUGACGAUGCAGCCAAAAAUGUAACCAACCAUCCACCAGCUUCAAGCUUGAAGGCAGGUGCAGAGGGGAAACAGCAGUACUGGAAGAAGGUUGAAAAUCCAAAGCAGCAUGCAGACAGCAGUGCUGCUGCCCAGGGCUCACUGAGAGCACCUGAAAAGCGGCUAAAUGGAGUUAGCGGCUCUGUGAGAGCAGUUCCAGAGGGUGGCGAGGAGCAGAGGGUCACCGCCAAACUUGGUUCUCUCAAGAUCAGUUCCAAGGCAGUGGAGGCUGACCAUAAAACUAGCACAGUUGGUGUGGAGAAGCGGCUAAAUGGAGUCAGCAGCUCUGUGAGCACAGUUCCAGAGGGUGGCGAGGAGCAGAGGGUCACUGCCAAACUUGGAUCCCUCAAAGUCGGUUCCAAGGCAGUGGAGGCUGACCGUAAGACUAACACAGUUGGUGUGGUGACAAUCGGCUCGAUGCCGGUCCGGGUUGACAGUUGUGACGUCUAGUGGCCAGCAGGAGCUUUUGUUUUUGGCUUCACAAUUUUUUGCCCUUCUGGGUUAAUCUUUGGUGCCCAAGGCUUCUAUUUUCCUUUCUUUUGGUAGAAUGCCUGUCUUGGUUGGCGGUUCCUAGCUUCUAUAUGUCAUUAAAAAAGGGUGAAAAAAAAGAUGAACAAUUAGGUUCUAGUUUCGUUGGGUGAAAAGCUAGUUUUGCAGGCAGCAUUCUGAUGGUGGUGGUGGUAUCUUUUGUGGAAAGUCAAGAAGAGACUAUGAUGUGUUCGUUUUAAUGACAUUAUUAAGAAAGAAAAAAAGAGAGAGAAGAGAUUAGUAAACCUGGA